AUGUUUAAGCUCGCCCGCAGCAGAUCAAUUGCUGCUGCUUUGAGGCCUGUGGUGGAUACGCCUCUCAGAAGCGCCCUUCAAUGCCAAAAACGAAACCUCUCUAUCCAUGAAUACCUUUCCGCUAACCUGUUGAAAUCCUACGGAAUCGGUGUCCCCAAAGGAGAGGUUGCACGCACUGCGGAUGAAGCCGAAGCCGUCGCAAAGAAGCUUGGCGGGGAGGAUGUGGUCAUCAAGGCCCAAGUGUUGGCGGGUGGCCGAGGCAAAGGAACUUUCGACAAUGGCUUGAAGGGAGGCGUUCGAAUUUUAUACUCACCAACUGAAGCCCGAAUGUUUGCGGGUCAAAUGAUCGGACAUAAACUUAUCACCAAACAAACCGGGGCUCGCGGACGCCUUUGUAACGCGGUUUACAUUUGCGAGCGCAAAUAUGCCCGACGAGAAUUCUACCUUGCCGUGCUCAUGGACCGCGCGUCUCAGAGCCCCGUUAUCGUUUCAUCUUCCCAAGGCGGUAUGGAUAUUGAAGCGGUUGCGAAAGAAAGCCCAGAUGCGAUCACAACCACGAAGAUCGAUAUCAACGUGGGAGUAACGGAUGAAAUCGCUCGAAAAAUCGCCACUGGCUUGGGAUUUUCAGAACAAUGCAUUGAGGAAGCUAAGGAUACGAUCCAGAAACUGUACCAAGUUUUCAUGGAGAGGGAUGCAACGCAGAUUGAGAUCAACCCCCUUGCCGAGACGACUGAUUACCGAGUGCUCGCAAUGGAUGCAAAACUCGGCUUCGACGACAAUGCUGAAUUUAGACAAAAGGACGUUUUCUCUUGGAGAGACACGACUCAGGAGGAUCCUGAUGAAGUCAAGGCCGCGGAGUACGGCUUGAAUUUCAUUAAAUUGGAUGGUGACAUUGGCUGUUUGGUCAACGGAGCUGGGUUGGCUAUGGCCACCAUGGACAUUAUCAAGCUGAACGGAGGCAACCCUGCAAACUUCCUUGACGUUGGAGGUGGUGCUACCCCAUCCGCAAUCAAAUCCGCUUUCGAACUUAUUACCAGUGACCCUAAAGUUACUGCUAUCUUUGUAAACAUCUUUGGAGGCAUCGUUCGAUGUGACGCCAUUGCCCAGGGGUUGAUCAACGUUGUUCGUGACAUGAACCUUCGAACCCCGAUCGUUGCCCGUUUGCAGGGAACCAACAUGGAGAAGGCCCAUCAACUAAUCAACGAUUCCGGACUGAAAAUUUUCUCUAUUGAGGACCUUCAAAAUGCAGCUGAGAAGUCUGUUCAGUUCUCAAAGGUCGUGAAGAUGGCUCGUGACAUUGAUGUCGGCGUCGAAUUCACGCUCGGUAUUUAA